UGUGAAAGUGUUAACUAUAUAAAUGCAGCUUACAAAACUCCUCUGAUCUGGACAAAAAAAGCACAGUGCAAAGAUGGAACAAGGACCUGAGCGAGAACCCAGGCGGAUAAGGGAAGGCUAUCUAGUGAAGAAGGGGAGCAUGUUUUGUACCUGGAAGCCCAUGUGGGUAGUGCUGUCAGAAGAUGGAAUUGAAUUUUUUAAGAAGAAGACUGAUAACAAUCCUAAAGGAAUGAUUCCCCUCAAGGAGAGUACCCUGACCAGCCCCUGCCAGGACUUUGCGAAAAGAACAUUUGUCUUUAAACUCACAACGGCCAAACAACAGGAUCACAUCUUCCAAGCUUCUCAUCUGGAGGAGAGAGAUGCUUGGGUGAAAGACAUCAAGAAGGCCAUCAAGUGCAUUUUGGGAGGUCAAAGAUUUUCCAGGAAAUCAACCAAGAAAUCUAUCAAGCUUCCUACAACCAUCAAUCUGAGUACUUUGUAUCUCUCUAUGAAAGACCCUAACAGGGGGAUACGGGAAAUGAAGCUGGAAAAAGACAAGAAAAUUUUCAAUCACUGUUUUACAGGCAACUCUGUGAUUGAUUGGUUACUGUCAAACAACUCAUUACGAAAUCGCCAAGAGGGUAUAGUUCUGGCAUCUGCCUUGUUGAAUGAAGGCUACUUUCAGGCUGCUGGUGAUACAUCCAAGAAUGCACUUGAAGGCCUGUCAGAAACCACCUUCUUGGAUCUUGAGGAUGCCUAUUAUUAUUUUGCUGACAGUGGUUUCUUCUGUGAGGGCAACUCCAGUGAUGAUGACACAGUCUUCAAGGAAGAGUUCAGAGGCAUAGUGGUCAAACAGGGUUGUCUGCUGAAACAGGGUCAUAGAAGAAAAAACUGGAAAGUACGGAAGUUUGUUCUGAGAGAGGACCCUGCCUACAUGCAUUAUUAUGAUCCUGCUGCAGGAGAAGAGCCACUUGGAGCCAUUCACUUGAGGGGCUGUGUAGUGACGGCGAUUGAAGACACAUCUGACGGCAAGAAAAAUGAAGUGGAGGGAAACCUGUUUGAGAUUAUUACUGCAAGCGAGGUGCACUACGUCCUUCAAGCAGCCACCUCUGCAGAACGUACAGAAUGGAUCAAGGCCAUUCAGCUUGUCUCUAGAACUGGAAAAUGAAAGACUGUUGAUUUUAGCAAAAAAAAAAAAAUUACCAGCCCGGCAGCUCUCUCAAAAAGGAGUAUCAGGCUGGUUUUACAUUUAAACUGUUAUUUGACAAUAGCUUGUUUUAGAAUUCACACAAUAUUUAAUGUUGUGUAGAUCAGGUUUUUCUAUCUCGAUUAUCCCAAACAGGAAUGGUAAUCUAUAAGACUUGCAGAUGUUGCUGACAAACCACACCUAGCAGCCAACUAACAUGGCCAGCAAUAAGGGAUGAUGAGAGAAGGAGUUCACCAGCAUCUGGAGGAUCCCAGUCCCCCCCCCCCCCGUUUUUUCUUUUUGUUUAAAAUGCUACCAUACAUAUAAUUAAGCUCUUCUAUUACACUUUAUUUUCUCUUAUGGGGCAACUCUGAAGCAGAUGAAUGAAUAAAUAUGAUAAUCUGUGUUACGAUUGCUGCAUAUGGUGGUUGGGGAGAAAAAUGUUUUCUUUGUAAAAUAUAUAUUUU